UUCAUCCCAUCACUGCUGCAGACCCGGAGCGCACAGGACGCACAGGACGCACGGAGCAGAGCAAAGAUGCACAGGUGUUUUGGGAUUGUUUGCGUGUCGCUCAUCUUUUGCGCAGCUCUGUCAGAGAGCAUCGGGCUGGUCAUCGCGGCGAAGGAGAAGCGAGGCUGGACUCUGAACAGCGCUGGAUACCUGCUGGGUCCCCGUCGUAUUGAUCACCUAAUUCAGAUAAAGGAUUCUCCCAGUGCCAGAGGCAGAGACGAGCUGGUCACUCAAUAUGGGAUAGAUGGACACAGGAUGCUGGGGGACAAACCGGGUCUGGCUGGAAAGAGGGACAUGGGCCAGGAGGAGGACUUCAGGACAGGUUCCCUCAGAAUACCGGAUGAAGACGUCAUCCACACCGUCAUCGACUUCCUGUCUUACCUCAAACUCAAAGAGAUGGGAGCCCUGGACAGCCUGCCUUCCUCCGUCACGUCAGACGAAUUGGCCAAUCCGUGACGAGCCUUCCCCCGCCCCCCGCCCUCCACCCCCGCCCCCACC